AGAACGUGUACGUCAUUUUCACAAUGGCGGAGGCAGGGUGAGGAGGAGAGUGUGUGUGUGUAAAGCGACGUCGUAAUCGUCAGAGCUACUUUGCCCUUUAUACGCGCACGGUGCCCGAAAAUGGCCCUGAAUCCCAACGCGUUGGGAAAGACGGACUCAGAAUGUACCGCGACGGGGUAUCUGCACCCGGAGGGCGGCGAACCCCAGAAGAAUCCAACCGCCACCUCGGCCAUAGCCAACCAAAAUGGCGAUCAGCCUGGAUGUGGAGACAGUGUAAUGCCCGAACAAGAAGCCCCUGAACGGCGGAGGAUCGUGCAGGCGGACGCCCGGAGCUGUAGCAGCUCUCCUUCGCCUGCCCAGAGAACGAGCGAAGAGUUGCCACGGAGAAAUUUUCAAAUCCCGAGGAAGACAAGAGAACGGAAAGGCUUGUAUCAGUUCCUGCCACCUGACAGUCGGGAGUUUGAAGACCUUGUGAAGAUUAUCUCCUCAUUUUACCUUGACUCAUCAUCACGAGGAACUUUCUCCUACUGCAAAGCCCGGCUAAUUCACAAUGAGCUACUGGAGAAGGAGUUCAUUGAGAAGCGAAGAGAAAUGAAGCAGGAGGGGCGGUCUGAACAAGAACUCGCGGAGUCAUACUGCUUCCUUUUUCCAGACAAAUCCAAGCUCCAGUGGAUCUGUGAGAAGGGUCUGUCAGUUGGACACUGUAGGAUUACUACAUUAGGAAAUCCAUCUAUGGGUGUUUAUCUAUCCAAAUAUUCAGAUUUAUUACAAAUCAAUCCCUUUGAAGUUGGCUCAUUUGGAGACAUGAUUAUAUUUAAAGUUAUGAGGGGCCGAAUAAAGCCCAUUCACGAGAACAUGCCUAAAAAUGCAAUUGAACCUUCACCCAAAUUUGACUGUCACAUGUCCAAAAGUGCCAAUAGGGUCACAUCAUUGCUGUCAUACAGAGCUUUUGAGCUCACACAGCAAUAUUUUUUUGAGUUUGCAUUUGAUGAGAUCAAGGCACGGCCCAGGCACGUGUGCCCCUAUGCUGUGGUUUCCUUUCAAUACAAAGGCAAGGAAGCUGCAACAACUCCUAUGGCUGCACACAGGCUUAACACAAUUUCCCCUGAAGGAAGUAGAGGGAAAAGCUGCUACACUGUGUGGAGUGGUCCACUAGUGAACAAGGACCAAGAGUUAUUCCCAAUAUCUUUAAGAUCCUUCUCGCGUCCCUACCUUCCUUUCAGACUUCCUGAGAAGUUGGAGAUGAAUCAGGGCAUGCAGCUGGAGCAGGUGAAGAGAAAAAUUCCCUCUGUGCUCUUCUCCUGGGACACAUACAGUAUAUCACGAGAAGUCAUGAAGUGUGGGAUGUCCUGCAGCCUGUUUGAAGUGGUGGAUGGAAAAGGCAAAGCAACUAGUGGUAGCCUGGCAGCUCUGAUCAGCAAACUCGAGAGGGACCGGAUGGUGCUGGUGAAGUCCUUGUUUGACAGGGGCUUUCUCUUCCUGUUGUCCUCUGCUCAGAUGGUUGAAUCAAAAGAGCGGCGGGGGCGGAUUGAGAAGAAGCUCCAAGCAUUAUUCAUCUUUCAGGAGUCAAGGAUGGUUGUCAAGUAUUUAUCAAGACUGUUGGAACCAGAGCCGUUGACAGUGGAACCUCAGCCAGCUAUGCUGUCCUCCGUGGAGACUUUUAUCCCUGCACUGCACUAUAGCCUGUUCAAGUUGCGUCCAAACCCAGGCAAGGAUCUAAGCUCUGGGGUGGAGCGCCUGGCCACUGAUUACUUAACUCGCAUGGAUUCAGGCACGGUGCGGCCUUUUAUCCUGCCUGAUUACAAAUAUAACAUGGACGAAAGGACAACUCCCCUCCCAGUGCCCAGACCUAAAUUUAACAUGGAUGCUGUGCUUAGAUCUUACACUCACAACCCUGCUAACUACAUUCUACCUGUGGGCAAGGCAAAAGAUAUCAUUGAACGGAUACGGAACCCUGUACCUGUACCUGCAACGACUCCUGCUCCAGGCCCAGUGGAAUACAGUCCUGUUUCUGAAUGGGGUGGCUCAGACAGGGGCUCAGACAGAGCAGAGAGACCACCAGAGAGGCUGUCUCAAGAGAGGCCAGCCCAAGAGAAACCACCCCCUGACAGCAGCAAAAGAAGGCCUGGUGUGGCCCACUCAAAUGGUGCCCAACUGCAGCCCAAGUCCCAGGUUGAGCCCCAGCCUCCACCCCAAAAGGUGCGGCUGUCCCAGAACGAGUAUGAUAAAGACAAAAUGAAGCAGCUGCUUAAGCUGAUCCAGCUACAUAAAAAAGCUCUCGUGAAGGAUCCAGAGAAGGACCGGGGAGAGGAUGGAGCCUGGGACCCCAAUAGUUUAAAAAGGAAAUUUGAAGGAGAUGAAAGAGGAGGCAUGAACAAACAUCAGUGUACAGAUCAUUUGAGCAACGGGGAGCCCAGUAAAGUGGUCCAGGCUGACGACAUUGGUGAUGAGAUUGGACAGAACGACAGUCUGACAGCAGUGAUGGAAAGCAUGGGCAUCUAUGACACUGACCUGCGGGCCCGCAGUAACACAAAUGCCUCAGCAGUCAACGAGACCCAGCGCCUUCUUAAAAUCCUCCUGGCCACGCUCAACAAAGCUGUGGCUCAGGGUUCCAUGUCUGUGCAGACAAACCACGGUGAACCCUCAUCAGGCUCUGGAAUGGUGGAGUCUGUUUUACCUGAUGCACUUUUUUGGAAACAAAAUGAACCAGCAUUGCAAACAAACUACACGGAGGAGGACAUGGACUGUAGCCCUGGUAGCCCGGUCAGCAUGGGUUCUCCACUUGAGCAAAUGCAUCCAACAGACAUCCCAACAGGGGAUAUCCUCACCAAUGAAGACAAAGCACAGCCUUUUCCUGAGCCAAAGCCCGAGCCGAAGCCUGAGCAAGAGGCCGUGCAAACAGCAGAAAGCGACCCAGAGCCGAAGACACCUGCAGUUUCUGAAGUAAAAAAGGCAUCUGCACCUAUUUUAACGACUGUAGAGGAGGUUCCCUUCAGGCCUUCCAUCAGCCUGGACACCAUCCUAAACCAGGAAAUUCACAGCCUCACCUCUGAAAUAAAAAAACUCAUGCAAACUCGGCACAUUUGCUAUACCUCACAGCUACCCCCGCGGUUGCCCCCACGCAACUGCUGGCAGCCCAACAGCUCCUUCUCAGACUUUGUUGUACUCUACGUCUCCCCUGUCCCUGUUCAGGGACAUGUCGAUGCACUGUGCGAGAAGAUGGACAAGUUGAUCCCAGCCCCACCUGCUCCCUCCGAGGUUCCCUCACCACCUCCCCCAGUGACAACAUCUAAUCUUACAACCCCACCCCCUGUGCCCGUCCAGAUGUCCAAAACUAAAACAGAGUCCUCGUUCUCAAAGGGCACCGCCAUGUGUCAGAGUGGUAAAACAGGCAGCAACAAAGAGACAUCAUCAGCUAAAGCUAAAACAGAAGCUUCAUCAGCAGAGUUAACAGGAGACAUUUAUUCUCCCUCUCAUGUCACACCAGACUCUCCAGAGCUCAACUCCCAAAACCCUGGCUGCGCUCCUGGCAGUGGGUCCAACCUGCUGGCUGGCAGCCUCAUUGGGCAGUUGAAACCCGAGGUUUUCAGCAGCUUGGUGGAGAUUUUUAAGGACGUCACCAAGAAUACGGUCAAAUUCUACAUCUACUCUGGGGACGAGGGGGAGGAGAGCACAGUCUGCAAGGAGAUCAAGGGGUACUUGAAAAGUCUUGGCAACAGUGAGUGCAGCCCACAGACAUUUCUAGAUAACAGUGGCAAUCUGGAUAAACUGCUCAUCAUCAUUAGGAAUGAAGACAUCGCUGCUCAUGUGCACAAGAUCCCAGCUCUGGUUUCUCUGAAGAAGUUACCCUCAGUAAGCUUUGCUGGAGUGGACACUCUGGACGACGUCAAGAACCACACAUACAAUGAGCUGUUUGUAUCGGGAGGCUUCAUAGUGUCUGAUGAGUUCGUCCUCAACCCUGAUCUCAUCACACAGGAUCGUUUGCAAGGGCUACUGAAAUUCUUGGAGGAGCAAAGCACUCCUGAACACCCCUGGCAAUGGAAGGUGCACUGCAAGUCCCAAAAGAAGCUUAAAGAGCUUGGGAGGUUAAAUACAAAUGCCAUGGGACUGUUAAACCUUCUGACAGCCUAUCAGAAGAAGCAUCUUGUGGAGUUCCUCCCAUAUCACGAUUGUGACACACAGUCACGUCAGGCUCCAGAUCUGGAAUGCCUGAUUAAGCUCCAAGCUCAGCACACACAACAGCGGCACCUUAUUUUCCUCACAGAGAGGCCAUUUGAAAUGUUUCUACAGUAUUCCAGAAAUGGAAUAGUAAUAGCAAGCAUUGAUGAUGUUAUGAGCGGUUUCCACAGUCUGAUUGGAUCCAUUAAUCAGAAUGAGCUUCCAACACCACCAUCGACUGUAGUGAAUGAUGAGUGUGUGGAAGAGGAUAUGUCAUUAGACUCUGAUGAUGGUGAGCAACCAGCUGCAUCGGAUCGCUUACAACAGAUCCAAGACAGUGAGAAGGAAAAGCCUCCACUUCCACCCCCGCCAGAGUUGGAGGAGUUCCGUCCUCCGCUCCCGGACCAGCAGGCCACUCCUGAGAGUACUCCAUCAUUGUCUGACUGCAGCGCUCUCAAAACAGCCAUUUCGCAGUUCAAAGCUACCAACCAGAUUGGCAUAGGCUCUUCAGACAUUGGCAGCUUGUCACCAGGAGGUUUUCCUGUAAAUCCCCACCAGAGCUUCCUGUGUCCCUCUGCCUCAUGGUCAUCCUACACUGGCUCUUCUAGCUAUGUGGCCUCACCAGCCUAUCCCGCCUCACCCUGCAGCAGCACCCAGGAACAGGAGUACCGCCCCCCAACCACGACUUCUUCUGUAGUUCCAACUCUGCCUGUCAUGGCCACAGCAGGACCUCUAGUCAACCUGGCUUCCCUCCCCCUGGAGGUCAAACCUCCCCCUCCACCUCACCUCAUGAUGCUGGGUCAGACAUAUGCAUCGGAUACUGGAACUGCUGGGACCUCUCCACUCCCCACUACCCCACACAGUGACACAGCCCAGCCAGGUUAUUUGGUUGGUGCUCCUAAAAGUGCUAGUGUAACCCCCACACAGCAGGACAGGACACUCAGUGGACCUGGGGAAGGUGUAUGGGGGGUCGCAGGAACCAGCACCUGUGAGACUGCCAGUAGCAAGGGUGUGAUCACAUCUACAACAGUAGACCCCAGUGGUCUCCCUAAAACGGGAGAAAUGCUUUUAGGCAGCACUCCUGGUAGUCAGGGGAGCAGGACUCAGGUAAACUGCUCUGACAGCUUAGGAGCUGUGGUGGGCAUUCCCGUAGGGGCCACUAGGGGGGGUUCUGUACUCAGACCUAAGCUGCCUCCACAUCCAGUGGUUGGUGUGGGAUAUGGCAGUAUAGGUGGCAUCCCUGGACAGAUGAACCAUGGGCCUAUGCGGGGUGCUCUGGGUCCUGGUUCUUCAGGGAGCUACCGAGGCAGGGGAGGCCCUCCAGUAGGACUUUGGCCUCGACCAGGACGAGGACAUGAACUUGGGGAUGGGACUGGAGGUGAGCCCUGUUCUUGGGGCUACCCAGCAGGCAGGGGCGGGCCACAGAAUUACUACACGGACUAUACAUAUUCUCACAAUUAUGCUCCUGAAUAGACAAUCAACAUGGUCAAAGGAGCAAUGCAAACAAAAGAAACCAGAGACUAUUAGAGCUGUCUGAAUGUAUAUAUUUCCUUGUCACAAACACGUUGAUUUAAAUCAGUAAAUAAAAAUCCUGUUUUCUACAUUAAUAAAAAUUGAUACGGGCAGUGCCGAGUGUCCUACUGUCAUGUAAAACGUCUGUACACUCUUUCCAUGUGAGUUAUUUGAGACCCUGUUCAAACCACUAUAUUUAUAUUUGCCAACAAAUGUUAAUGGCCUUCCAGCUUCUUGGAAUUAAUAAUGUUAUUUCUGUUUGUUGCGGUUUUGAAACGGUUUGUGAACAAGGGGAAUGGCUGAUAUUUUUUUAAGGAAAAAAAACAAAAAAACUAAUGAAUGAAAUUUCACUUUUGCUGUUGAGUUUCUUUUUUAUUUUACAUAUUUGGAUGUCCAAAAUUCUAUUAAAUAAAACAUUUCAAAUCUUGUUUGUUUGAUGGGUUUGACAGUGUCAAGCAAACCAUUAAAAACAUAAAAU